AUGAUUAAAAAUAUUGGUAAACUAAAGCAGUGGACAGGUGAAAAACUGGGAUCAGCUAAGAUCACCUUGCAGACUGAAGACUUUCAACGACUUGAAGUAGAAACAGAUAGAAAGAGGAUAGCCUUUGAGAAGGUGCAUGCAGCAGCCAAUAUUAUGCAGACACAGCUAGCCAAACGUAAGCCAUCACCUGAAGACAAUUAUAAGUCAAAGAGACUGCCUGGUGACAUCUUGGGUGUGUGUUGGGCUAACUAUGGUAACGAGUUUAAUGGCGAUGCAUCAUUAGGUGUCGCCUUGAAUAAUUUUGGCCAUGCUCAGAGUAAAUUGGCAGAGUGUCAGGACGACUUUGCCAGCUCAAUGAAGUAUGAUUACUUGGAGAAGUUGGAAGAAGGCAUGAAUCAGUUUAAAGAGUAUCAAGCACUUCGUAAAAAGCUUGAAUCACGUCGAUUGGAUUACGACGCUAAAUUGGCUCGUUUACAAAAAUCGAAAAAGGAAAAACCGGAGCUUGAACAGGAGAUGCAAGCAGCCAAAUUAAAGUACGAAGAAACAGAGUACGACGUUAUACAAAAGCUGGCGUCGCUACAAGAAUUUGAAGACGAGCAUUGCAUUGCCCUUGAGCACUUGCUGGACUUGCAGAUACAGUAUCUUAGUCGUUCAUUAGAGAUUGUGCAACAAGUAAAAUCAAAUUGGGGAAAAGGAACACCUUCGGUUGUGCACGCUAGUAAAACAAAGAUGACAGCUGUCUCUCGUAUGGAUCUGAGUAGACAAGCCAGUACAGAUCAUUUGUCACCCAGGCUAGUUCCUUCCAGCACGGUCCGAAAACUAUCUCAGGAUGACGGUAUCCGUCAACCGCCGCCAGUACUACCUCGCAAACGAUCACAAUCUUCACCACCCAAGAGAAAGGCGCUCUAUGACUUUACAGCAAACAGUCCUGAUGAACUCUCGUUCAAGUCAAACGACAUUAUUCAAGUAGUAGAGGAGGUUGACGAAGGUUGGUGGCUAGGAGAGCUGGACGGUCGACGGGGCAUUUUCCCGGUCAAUUACACAGAGGCGGUGACAAACCCGCCCAUUCCUGCCAGACCUCCCUUGACAUCGUCCUCAUCUUCACGCAGCCAAAUAUUUGUGGAUGAGCCCGAAACAUUAGCUGAAUCACCUUUUACUGACAAUUAUCGUCGUCCUCAACAAUCACCUGCGGCUUCACCUACCCCUCACCGUAUUGCACCACCUCCGCCUGCUUCUCGUACGCCGCCUGUCAUGCAAACAUCCAGAAGCAACACGACCAUUCGAACUACACCCAAUACACCUCAAUUUAAAGUUACCAGCGACUACUUUGGAUCUGCCCCUUCUGCUUCGGUUUGUGGCGAAUGUGGAUGUAAUGAGUUUGCAGCCAAUGUAUUUAAAAAGGGACAUUGUAACAACUGCUUCCAUAAACAUUAA